AUAAUAUAAACACUUGUCGCUUCGGCCUUUGGCAUUCAAUCGCACGGGGACUGGAGACUGUAUUGUCGUGUAUUCGAUAUUCAAACCGCGGACUGAGAUCGAUUUAUCUAAAUAAUUAGCAGAUAUCAGUAUCACCUUUAACGGGAUUUACCGCAAGUCGCGUCGUCUGGGUUUUUUAUGAAAUAUAUAUUAUAGUUGAAGAUAUGGAGUCAUAUAAAUUCGUAAUUUCCCUGCUUUUUACUAUUUCAAUUUUUCGAUUUGAUGCACUGGCAAACGAAGUGGAUACCUACGAUUUUCUUAUGCCGAACGUUUCGCCUAAUAAGGAUGAGCUGUAUCUUUGCACUCCUAUAAGAAUCGCACCACAGAAGAAUUUCUACGUUGUGGGAUUCAAACCAAACGCUUCAAUGCAUACGGCCCAUCACAUGCUAUUGUACGGCUGUUCACAGCCUGGCUCUAAUGAUUCAGCUUGGAGUUGCGGUGAAAUGCAAAGCAAUGAGAUUGACGAUCGAUACAACACGGCGAGCCCUUGCAAGUCCGGAUCGCAGAUAGUGUAUGCUUGGGCCCGCGACGCGCCUCGCCUUCAGUUGCCCCCUGAUGUUGGUUUCCUCAUUGGCCGCGACUCGCCCAUCAAGUACCUUGUGUUGCAAGUGCACUAUAUGACGAAGUUCCCAGAGGGCAAAACUGACAACUCUGGCGUCUUCUUGGAGUAUACAACCGAAAGAAUGCCCCGGCAAGCUGGUGUUAUUCUACUGGGCACCAGUGGAGUUAUACCCCCGAACAAAGUCGAACAUAUGGAGACAGCCUGUACUAUUAACGAGGACAAAGUCAUCCACCCCUUCGCUUUCCGGACUCACACUCACUCUCUUGGUACCGAGGUGUCCGGUUUCGUGGUCCGCCGUUCCCGCAAAGGUGACAUAUGGGAGUUGCUUGGCUCAAAGAACCCCCAGCUACCGCAGAUGUUCUACCCUGUGGUCAGCCGGACCCCCAUCACGACUAACGACGUUCUCGCCGCGCGCUGUGUUAUGAACAACACGCACACACAUGCUGUUAGCAUCGGAGCGACCCACAAGGACGAAAUGUGCAACUUCUACCUGAUGUACUGGGUUCAGGAUGACUCCCCCCUCGAACAGAAGUACUGCUUCUCCCCCGGACCCCCCUACUACUACUGGAGUCGCGCGCCCCAAAACUUUGACCGUAUCCCGGGCAGGGACUUUAAUGUACUGUAAGUCUGUUUCACGUCACUGCAGGUUCCUUUUAAACAUUCCAAAAAGACAUUCUUUAUUUAACGUAUUGUAGUAUAGGAAAAUCUCUGUAGCGCUGUGCACACUAAGGCCUAUAAAUUUGCCCAAUAUUUAAUAUGAUUUUUUGGUCCAACGUCACGGGAUCUUUUUUGUCAAUCAAUUUGUCUACAAGACGUAAUGUCUGACCAAGUUUGAUUUUUGAUUAACACGUGAAUUUUAUAAUUUAUGUUCAAAAUCCAGCAACCCGUUCAAAGUGCCAUUGUCUUAAAAUAGUCCACGAAUUUUAUCAAUUUGAACCGUGAUAUUUUCAACUAUAACUAUCUGAAUAUAACUUUGAUUUUUGAUUGAUACGUGAAUUUUAUAAUUUAUGUUCAAAAUCCAGCACCCCGUUCAAGCCAUUGCCUUAAAAUAGUCUACAAAUUACCUUAACUUGAACCAUGCUAUUUUGCUAAAACCGAGCAAAUCUGUAAGAAGUUGUUGAAUUAACUAUUCCCUAUUUCCAAGGAAAUCUCUAACCCCCUUUAUAGAUGACUUGAUAUUAAACCUAAACUAAAUUAUGGCUUACGUUGGUUUCAAUUUACCACGCGUGUGCAAAAAAAGCCGACGAAAUAAGACACAGAUACUUUACGGGCUUGUGUGAAGAGCGCUUAAGUAGAUCUAUAUAUAGUUGAGUUUUAAAUUUAAUAUAAUUUUAGUACGAAUCUAAUAAAAUAUUUUCUGAAUCUUUUUAAUGAUCUUUUUAAGUUGCGACUUUUAAUAAGAAA